AUGCUUCAAGACAUUUCAUCAUCACGUUGGACACUGACAGCAACAACUACAACCACAGUAGAUAAUCAUUCAUCAUCCUCCUCUCCAAACAGUACGAACAUCAAUCAAACAGACAUUUACGGUGGAUGCAAUCCAAUUCUUUUUCAAUUGGGAAACUUCUCUCGGGAUGGUCCCAAUGUUGUCAAUUCCAUUUGUCCCGACACAUGGCUUGUUUUUUCUUUCAGCAUGACAUUUAUGACUUGUUAUGUGAUGGUUCUAAUUCUUUGUAGUUUAGGUCUUUUCUAUAAGAGAAAUGGAGGACAUUUGAAAUCGAGAGGAAUUGUGAAUAUCAUCAUGACAUUGAUUGCAGACUCUGCUUUCAUCAUUCUCAUUUGUCUGAGGUUCAUCAUUGGACGAAGAGUCUAUCCAUGUGGAUUAUAUAUCAUUAGUUAUUUUGUCUUGCCUCCAGCCAUAUUACUUCCAUCCAUAUUGAGAUUAUGGAGAUUGAUUUUUAUGAAUCGAUUGAAUGCAUUGAAAACUUGCAUGAUUCAUCACGAAAAACAUGUUUCAAUCCAAAAACAACAACCUUCAUCAUUCAAUAUGAACGUUAUGAACAACAAGAAUUCAUCAUCAUCUGUUCCGAUUCAGAACGACGUAGUGAUGGAAUUGAAAGAGACUUCUCCUCGUAGUACUACUAAUCAUUGUAAUCAUGGUGUUAAUAACAGUAGUAGUAGUAAUCAUCUCAGUAGUAGUAAUCAUCACAGUAGUAGUAAUCAUAAUAAUGAAGGAACUUGUGUGAAAACUCUCGAAAAUGACACGACCUUGAAAUCUGAAGUUACGACUAUGUGGUGGAACAAUGUUGAAUUUUCAUCUUCUCAACAACAGAAACACAAACUUUACACAUUAUUUGUUUCGAAUCGAUUCAUUAUUUGUGUGUAUUUUGUUUGUUUUUUGUUUCAUAUUUUACUGUACAUUUUUUUUGGAGCUAUUGAGGAAGGAAUGUAUCAGAGUCUGCAAGGAGGUGGUGGUGGCAUGAAUAGCAGUAACAACAACAACAGUGGAAGAUUUAUGAUGGGUUCAAAUGGUGGUUUAUUCAUUUAUGAUCGAGGAUGUGUCUUGACCAAUCAAAUCAUCAUUCUUGUAGCUUGUGAAUCUCUAUUUUAUAUUAUUAUAUCUAUUAUAUUAUUAAUAAUAUGUUUUAGAAUUCAAAAAGACACAUGGUUUAUCAAACGUGAAUCCUUAAUUUUAGUGGCUAUUCAAUUUUCUGCAAUUAUCUUAUUUGCCAUUUGUGGUUUUGUUCCAGUAUUUACAAAGAUUACUGAUUUUUUCAUUCCUUAUGGAUUUGUUCUCAUGAGUUAUUCAUUCAGUGAAGUGGUAUUGUGUAUAUUAAUGCCAGUUAUUUAUCAAAUGAAAUUAGAUUCAAAGAAUGGAACAGGUGCACACACAACUCUUGAACCACACACUUCUUUUCAUGGUACCAUGACUAGUCAUUCUCGAAAGAAUGCCAUUCGUACCGAUUUGGAAAGAUUUUUAGACAAUAGAAAAACUUUUGAAUUAUUACUUGAUUUUGCAAAGAGAUCCUAUUGUCCUGAGAGUGUGUUGUGUUACAAGGACAUUGAAAGAUUCAAAUCAUCUUUGAAACAUCGAAAAAGUAUUUCACUUCACAUUUUGAAAACUUAUUUGAAACCAAAUUCACCUUUGGAAUUGAAUGUUCCAAAAAUUUCACAAAUUCAUGAUGAAAUUAUGAGAUCCAUCGUAGAUGCAUCAACCCUUCAGAACACUAUGGUACCUUCAGUCUCUUCAACCAUGUUGAUUCCACACACAGCAACCACACUAUCCUCGUCAUCAUCACCUACAACAACAACUCCCACCAACAUUCCACCAAAUUUAUUCGAUCACAUUCAAUUGCACUGUUUGCAUAACAUGACCGAUGUUUUUGAACGAUUGAAAAGUCAAAGUAAGCAAGCUCGUAAAAUUCUUCAAGAAUGGAAAGAAGAGGAAUUUGGUUCUAACAGUGGUGGUGAUGGUGUUGGUAUUACUAUGAAUUCAGUUCAUGGAGUCGUAUCAACAACAAUAACCACUUCUCACCACCACCAUGAAACAUCCAUACCAUCCUCUACCACCCUUCUCUCGUCUGGUGUGAUUCAACAAGAUAACAUGAAUUCUCAAACCUCUUCUCCUCUUCUUUCAUCAAAUAACAAUGUGGCUCGAGAGGUGUGCUCCACAGACAACUUGAGUACUACAACCAUACAAUCAAAGGAAUUCAAGAAGAAAACAAUGUGGAAUAUAUUUAACACAUUGUGUUUAAUGUAUCGCUAG